AUGGUAAAAAAAUCAUCAGGAAAAAAGGCGACGACGACGACACAGAAGGUCGCCGCCACCGUCACUACGCCGCCAGUAUCACCCGAAGUUCAAGGCGACCCUAAACACCAGCAGCGCCUCCUAGAUAUCUUCUCCGAAGCCUUCUACUCCGUCCUGUCGGCCGACACCUUCCCCACCCUCAUCCAGGAGAUCAAACAGGCCCUCUUCAACCGGGACUUUUCCACGGCCUUUGGCAGGGAGGACUACCUCGAAGCCUACGCUGCUCGAUGGAGCCCUACGCGCGCUCUGUGCUAUUCCCAUGUCCUGCGGGGGCUGGAGAGUCAUCUGUCGCCCAUUACCACCGCCGCCGCCGGCAGUGAUAAAGGCCGCAGCAAUCUACAAGUCGUCUCGAUAGGCGGCUGCGCAGCCGAGCACGUGGCCGUGGCGUCGUACGUGAGCCAGUGCUCCCUGGAAGGCGGGCACAUCACGCUGGUCGACUCGGCGCCUUGGUCACAGGUCGCUUCGCUGAUGCAUGCGCGGCUCACCAUGCCGCCCGAGCUAUCUAGGUACGCCUCCGCCUCGGCAAAGGCGUCGAACUGCGCGUUUAUCGAGCCCGAGCGCCUUUCCAUGAGCUUCGUGCAGAAGGAUGUCCUGUCCCUGGACGGCCGGACUGUGGCCGACUUGCUGAGGCUGGGGCCGGGGGAGGGUAGGGAUCCGCUCCUGGUCACGCUAUUCUUUACCCUGAACGAGCUGUACACGGAUGGUGGCAUAGGCAAGACGACGAGUUUCCUUACCAGUCUGGGGCGCAGUCUGCCAAACGGGAGCCUGCUUCUCGUCCUGGAUAGCCCGGGGAGCUACUCCGAGACGGCGCUGGGCAAAGAGAAGAAGCGGUACCCCAUGCACUGGCUGCUGGACCACACGCUCCUCAAGGCCGAUGAUGCCAGUGUCAAGUGGGAGAAGCUGAAGUCCAACGACUCCAAAUGGUUCCGUCUACCGGAUACUCUGAGAUAUCCCAUGCAGCUGGAGAAUAUGCGCUACCAAAUGCACCUCUAUAAGCUAGAAAGAUGUUGA